CAACUACUCGAGCUUACUAGUAAAACUCAUGCUCAAAUAAAACCCCGGCGAAACGCACACUUGAAUCGUCAACGGCGCCAAAAUAAAGCAAUGAACUCAGAAACUGGAGGAGAGAGAAAAGACAUGGAUACUCCAUCUCCAUCGCAAGAGAAUGCUCAAUCAAGCGAUUUGAGAACCCUAACUUCGCUCUACUCCAACUAUCUAUGGACUCGCAUUUCCAAUUCCACUUUCAUCACCAAAAUUUCGAGUUUCUCUCGUCAAUUUGGGCGCGCUAGGUCUCGUCGGCAGAAACUCUGCUUGCCUCUUCCACUUCCUUCGAAAUCGCUCGAUACGUCACUAAUUUUGACUGAAGCAUCUAGAAUUGUCGAUGUUUUGGAGGAUGUAUUUGAGCAUAUAUUUUCGAAUAUGCACAAUGUUCAGAAGAAUUUGCAAUAUUGGCAAGAUAAAGCAGAGGGGUCAAAUGUUCAGAAGGCUUACUUUAUGCUUUUCGAGAGAGGGCCAAGGGCCUUAAUUGGUGAAACUGUUGAGUUUGUCCGGAAUUUCAUUGCUGAAGAUUCCUCAUUUCAGAUUCUUUGCCAUUCAGCUUCAGGUUUCAUAUCUGAGAGAGUUGCUGUGUUGGAUGGCUUACGACGUGCACUUGCUACGUUCUUGGCACAGGUGUAUAUGGUAAUUGAUAAACAAAGAGAGGGCAUGAUGACUGAUCCUCAAAAGUCAUUGCCAUCGUUAUUGGUCACUAUCAAUGGAUUCUUUUUAGAGCUUGAGUUAUCCAUUGCUCAAUUGCAUGUUUCUAUGUCCCAGAUAGAUUCGUUUGCUGGGGAGAAUAAUUCAUCCUCGCUGGUAUUCAAUAAGAUGCCAGAAGUGCAGAGGGAACAAUUACAGUGGACAGAUGAUGAAAUUCGGGAUGCUAUAGAUAUAGUUUAUCAGAACCUCCAGAGGCUGGACUCAUAUCUCUCUGUCCUUGUUGCUAGGCAUCAAAAGCCCAGGAAGAUGACUCAAUAUUGGGUCCGGUAUACAUGUGGGGCAAUUGGCCUUUCUGUUUGUUCGUUGUGGGUUGUACGUCACAGUAGACUGGUUGGAAGUCCUGACAUUGACAACUGGAUUCGUGAAGCUAAAGAAUCAACAACGAGUUUCCUGACUGAGCAUGUGGAGCAACCGCUUUUAUCAAUCAGGGAUGAACUUUUUGAGACAUUUAGAAAGAGACAUAGAGGGGUAAUGGAAGCAGACGAAGUGCAGUUAACUGCUAAUUCGCUGCACAGAAUGUUAGUGGCUUUCUGUGAGCAAGCGAAUGGCCAAACGUUCCCAGAGAAUGCUACAGAUCAGGAACUUCUUGAAUUAGUUAUGGGGAGAUAUGAGAAGGAGAUGAUGCAUCCCAUUAAAAGUGUUGUUGUUGGUGGAGAGCUUCCUCGUGCUAUGCUCAUACAGGUUCAAAAGCUAAAACUAGAUAUUGAGACGGCCAUGCUUGAAUUGAAUCAGAUUCUGAAGGCAAACGAAAUCAACUUUGCCAUUUUGGCUGCAUUACCAGCUUUUGUUAUUGUUUUCCUUUUGAUGAUGUUAGCGCGUUCAUGGAUUAUGCAGGAUAAAGGAGCAGAAGGAAGGGGCAGAAUUGCUCGUCGUCAGAGGAGGUUGCUCAUCGUGGAGAUUGAGAAAAGGAUCAUGCGUUAUCAGUCUUGUAUGGAUCUCGGACAGGCACAAGAGGCCCAAUACAGCUUAGGCUUGGUGUUGUAUACUCUAGAUCGUCUGUAUCGUGCUGUGGAGGGACAUGCAAAGUUAACUGGAGAAUGGUCAUGUUUGAGACAGGACAUCAUUGAUUUGGCGAAACCAGACCUUCAUACUACAUAUAAGCUGACUAUCACUUCACGCAUGGAACGAGUUUAUGACUGUUUGAUUCCUUCAUUGAAGCAGUAGUCUAGCCACUUUAGUUAUACCAUCCUGUCCGCCAACUUUCGCAUCAUCUACUGAAACAAUGAUGUGGAUGUUUUUGCUCAAAGUUUAUAGUUUUUGGUCAUCUUCGCAUCUCUUGUGGGCGAUCACAUUAUCAUCUUUGAUCAUUGAUUUUUGAAAUGGGAAAAUGUACAUAGAAAAAAAAAAAUUAUUUCCUUUUAGUCCAAAAAAAUGAAGAAAAACACGUGCUCCAAAGUUGUUCUGGUUGCUUCAUGGUUUGGCUGCUAUUCAUUUGAGGCCGACUUGAAAUCAGCCUAAAGGCUCUAAGCAUACCUAAGACGAAGAAAGGCUUAUCCACAAAUCACCCAUGUAUGGCAUUUUGAUCUUAGUCUACACCGGCAUCUCAAGCUACUCAAGAUAAUGUUAUCUAUCAACAAUUACUCCCUAGCUCUUUCAAAGUACACUUCUAAGGUGCAUUUUAAUGUAGCUAUACAUAGUCUCUCCAUUCUGAACGAUUUCUAUUUUUGUAAGAUAUCCAAAAAUAGUUGUCAUAUGUAAUAAUUAAACGUGAAAUUAAGUGAUA